AUGUCGUCGCAACACUCGAACAAUCCUUUGAUCUCCUCAUUCUGCUACCAAGGGCAUACAAUAUCGGCGCAAUCUAUACCUCCUUUUUCAGUUUUCUCUAGAACCCUCAUAGUGCUCUUGCCUUUCAUCACCUGGUUUCUUUACAGUGGAUUAACCAAUCGACUUACUGACCUGCCUGGUCCCAGAAUCAGCCGAUGGACAAAUUUACGGUUAAAGCAUGCAACACUGCGAGGAUACAGGGGCCAAUAUAUCCAAGCACUUCACGAACGUUACGGUCCCAUCGUCCGCAUAUCUCCCUAUGAAGUCUCGGUAGCCGAUAUAGCCGCUGCCAAAUCCAUUUACAGGGUUGGUAGCCCAUUCAUGAAAUCCUCAUGGUACAGUUUCUUCACCGGGGAGACCAAGGAACCAAAUCUGUUCACGGUAACGGAUCCACACAUCCACGCAAACUUUCGCAGAUUAGUGGCGUACAACUUCUCUGAGAAAUGGAUUAAAAAUUUGGAGCCAUACAUCGCCAAGACUGUAAGACUAGCUAUCGAGAGGAUAGCCGGAGAUAUAAAGGAACACGGGCACAGCGAUAUUUACAAGUGGUUCACGUUCAUGGCAACUGAUGUUGUUGGACAGUCGUCUUUUGGGGAGUCUUUCCGGAUGCUUGAGACUGGAAUUAAAACCCAGUACGUCAAGGACCUUGAGGAGGUCCCUGUGAGAGGCAUGCUUAGGGCAGAAUUCCCCCUCCUGAUGAACAUACUGUAUUAUCUCCCAUUUGGGUCGAAAGAAGUUCAGCGCUCAAGGGAGCGAAUCGCUGAUUACUCGAAAGAAUCCAUCAUGAGAUAUUGGAAUCUUCUGAAAACCGGAGAGGAAAAUGUCAAGCCUACACUCCUAACGAAAGCGUACGAUGCCGUUGAAGAUGGAAGCAUGACUACUACUUGCCAUCCAGAGAUCGAAGCAGCUGUGAUUCAAGAAGUCGCAGCCCUUCCGGACGGCUUCACAGAUGACAAUUUGCGCAAGUGCAAGUUACUCAACAACGUGCUUACCGAAACGCUCCGCAUAAGGCCCCCUAUUGGCCAAAGUCUUCCUCGUGUUGUUCCCGAAGGGGGAGCUGAACUAUGCGGACAUCACGUCCCGGCAGGCGCUAUCGUUGGAGUACAAGCGUGGUCGAUGCACCGUAACCCGACAGUAUUCAAGGAUCCGGAAAGGUUCAUUCCUGCAAGAUGGGACAAUCCUUCAACAGAUAUGCUGCAAAGCUUCUACACGUUCGGUGGAGGUAGUCGAGCCUGCAUCGGGGCACACUUUGCUCAGCUUGAACUUCGCCAUGCUCUUGCAAACUUUUACCGUACCUUUACGAAAGGCGUUACAGCGUCGAGUGCUAGGUCGUUCAGCAAGGCAGAGAUGGAGGUCGACACAUACUUCAUGACUUUGCCAAAAGGCAAGCGAUGUGUCAUCGAACCAAAAGAAUAG